AUGGGCAAGAAAAGACGCGGUCCCACCCUGGACGAGCUGAUGGCUCGGCCGUGGUGCUACUACUGUGAGCGCGACUUUGACGACCUCAAGAUCCUCAUCUCCCAUCAGAAGGCCAAGCAUUUCAAGUGCGAGCGCUGCGGCCGCCGAUUGAACACCGCCGGAGGUCUGUCGGUGCACAUGAGCCAGGUCCACAAGGAGCAGCUGUCGGCCGUCGACAAUGCACUCCCCAAUCGGUCUAGUCUCGACGUCGAGAUCUUCGGCAUGGAAGGCGUGCCCGAAGACAUCAUCCAGGCGCACCACCAGCGCGUGGCCACCCAGUUCCAGCAGGCAGAGGCCGAGCGGCAGGCCGUGACGGGCAACCCGCCUGCGGGAACCGGGCUCGGCGGCCAGCCGGCGAAGAAGCCUAAGCUCGAGAGCGUGUCGGACCUGAAGAAGCGACUGGCGGAGCACAAGGCCAAGAAGGCGGAGGCCCGGACGGGGGGGAGUAGUGGUGAGGCGACGCCGGUGGGUGCAGGACAGAUGCCGGUGGGUGGACAGAUGCCAGUGGGUGGGCAGAUGCCAGUGGGUGGAGGACAGACACCAAAUGUGGGUGGAUUUGGUCAAACUGCUGCAUACCCCCAGCCCUACGGCACGGCUUCCCCGUAUCCCCAAACCGCCAGCCCCGUGUAUCCGACCUUUUCUCCGGGACAACAACAAUUUCCUCCUCCCACACAGUUCCCGCCCGCGGGAUACUCGCCGCAGCCAUUUACAGGCACGCCCCAGGCAUAUGCGACACCAUCCGCGUUCCCGGCGCAGCCACCCGUCCAGACACAUACCCCUCCACAGACGACGGGCUUCCCGCCACGAUCGGGAAGUCUACCAACACCGCCGAACUUGCCGCAACGGCCAGCGGUGGCGGCGCCUCCGGUCAAUGCGUACCAGAUGCAACAAAUGCACAUGGGACACGCGGCGGGGCUGAACGGCGACAAGCUUGCGGAAAAUACGAUUUCUACCUCAGUGGACGACCUGAUCACAGGAGCAGCGAAACAGGCGGAGGCGGCGGCGGACAAGGAGAAGAAGAGCGAGGAGAAGCCGAAGAAGGACAAGUCGAAGGCGCGCCUGGUGUAUUCGGACAACGAGAUCAGCCCGGAGGAGAAGAUGGCACGGUUGGCAAGGUACGCAUAUGUUCCCGCAGAAGAGACGGCGGUGGAAGAGGUUCCGGCGUCGACGGUGGUUGGGACGAUGCGAGUGGAAGCAUUGGGGGAUCCGGCGGAUGCAUAA